AUGCUGUUCAAAGUGUUAUUAGCAAUUCUGGGUGUUUUUGUGGCAUCGUCUCACGCUACCUUCAAUGCCUCCGACUACGAAAACAACGUAGUUUUCUACACAUGGAACAGUGAAGGAGCACAUUACAACUUUACGUUCACGGAAGAGUCUUACACAACAUUCCAGCAAAUGUGCCCCCCUCCCGCUAACUGGACCAUUAUUUCACAUGCGUGGCAAGAGAACUUUCAAAAAGAACUGUGGACCGAUAAUGUUGUGCAGAGCUUCUUGAAUUUCCGUGGAGGUUGUGUCAUGUUCUUCGAUUACGAUUCUUACGCUAAAUCAGGAUACUUCCCAAUGGUAACCCACACAAUGGAAAUCGCAAAAAUUUUGAUCAAAUUUUUCGAGCAAAUGGAAACAAUGGGUUACGAUCCUGCUGAUGCUUUCCUCUUUGGAAACGGAUUCUCGUCGCAUUUGUUCUUCAUCGCUGCCUACAACUAUUCGCCAUGCACAAUUGGUCGAAUCGAUUCAUGCGAUGCUGCCAAAGCAAAAUUCUUGAAUGACUCGGAAGCUGUUCAUCUUGCCCCGAAAGCUGCCAAAAAUGUUAUUUGCUAUCAUACCAGUAGAGCAUGGGGAACACAUUUGAGAUAUUGUCAGAAGAAUAUCAACUUUGGUCGUUGCGGUAUCCAUCAACCUGCUACAGUUCCAACUAGAUUAACGAAUCACGAACUUUGUCCGUACUUCUACAAUAACACAUUCACGGUUAACUUCCCGAUUGUACCAAAAGAGGUUGUGCACAAACAUUACAAAACAAAAUGCAGAAAUUCAACAAUUACUCCGAAUUUAUUACCGGGCGAUAGACAAUUCGCUGGACCUCGUUUGAAGACUUGCAUCCCUAAUGGAGAGUAUUAUGUCUUGACUGAGAAAGAGUAUCCUUAUAAUGUUCCAUUGAAUAAAUCCGGAGCUGGAGAAUAUGAUUAUUAUUACGAAUAUGAUGACAAUGAAGAAGAUGAUGCAGAAUAAAAAAAUCCUUCAUUGAU